UUCUUACAUGAUGGGAUUAAGUGGUACCGACCGCUAUUUGAUAAACUCACGCCACUGCGACACGGUUCGAAGUCUACAGCGUCAACGAAUAGCGAUUCGGGUUUUACACCAGCCACAACCAAGCUCUCCCAUAUUGUAACAACAUCAGUUGUCUGCUGCUCUUGCAGAAGUUCUCAUGGCCGACGCUUCCGUAAUCGAUCCUGAGCAAAUAAUUUCUUACAAGUUCCCCGAGAGGACAUACACAUAUACUGAAAGAGAUGCAGCACUUUAUGCAUUAGGUGUUGGAGCCUGUGCAAAGGAUGCCUUGGAUAGAAGUGAGCUCAAAUAUGUUUACCAUCAAGAUGGCCAGCAAUCUAUCCAGGUCCUGCCAACUUUUGCUGCUUUAUUUUCUCUUGGAUUUACUUCAUAUAUUUCUGACAUUCCAGGACUGCAAUUUGAUCCACGUCUUCUAUUGCAUGGACAACAGUAUAUAGAAAUCUACAAGCCACUUCCUUCUAGUGGUUGUAUACAAAAUACAGGGAGUAUCUCAGGAUUGCAUGAUAAAGGUAAAGCAACUAUUCUUGAGACAGAAAUCGUAAGUUAUGAUAAAGAAUCUGGUGAACCUCUCUGCCUGAACCGGAUGUCUGUCUAUCUGAGAGGUACCGGUGGCUUUUCAAGAUCAUCUCGCCCAUAUUCCUACAGUAAGAAUCCUGCCAGUCAGAGUUCCACACCUAAAAUUCCAAAAGGGCAACCAUUUGCUUUUUAUGAGGAAUCAACCCUACCAUCUCAGGCAUUGAUUUAUAGGCUAUCUGGUGACUAUAACCCGUUGCAUUCAGAUCCCGUUGUUGCACAAAUUGCAGGGUUUUCUCGCCCAAUACUGCAUGGAUUGUGCACGCUAGGCAUUGCAGUCAGAGCUAUCAUCAGAUGUGUCUGCAGCGGAAACCCCAACAUGAUCAAAACAAUAUCUGGACGAUUUUUCUUACAUGUCUACCCUGGCGAAACCUUGAUCACAGAAAUGUGGCUUGAAGGCUUUAGGGUCUUAUAUCAGGUAACAGUUAAAGAGCGAAAUAGGACGGUGCUUUCUGGCUUCGUAGAUCUCAGUCAUUUGCCCCCAUCUCUAUAAAUGACUAGGCUGCUUAUCAGGCAAACUAAUUGUUCUAAGGCAGAAUUGUUUCUUGGCUCAUGGUUCUGGGAAUUGCCUAAUUUAGACGUCAUCACGUUUCAUAAAUCAGUUGGCUGAUGCAUUUAAUUUAUGGGAUUGUAUCCAGUCAGUUUCUAAUUAUCAUCUCUGGCAAUAGCAGCGGAGAAUCAAGGUCCUGGCAAUAUCCAACGUUGUCCCCAAUCUUCUAUAUAUUCUUUGUUUGAUAAAUGUCUAGAAAGUUUCCAUAUUCAAGAGUUGGUUUUUCUAAGAACUACCGUUAGUAAAUCAUGUCUUAAACAAGCUUGGUUUCUCUUCUUUAAACAGCCUCAUGCCCAAUUGGACCUGUAUCCUCUUUCAUGUUUCAUCAUAAGCGAAAACCUAUUUCAGCUCUCACGAGCCUCAAAGAGUCAACGCGGGACCUCCUGCCUCGUUAGCUCUUUUUUAUGUAAUUAUUAUGCUAGGGAGUUUUUAUCGUGUACACAUAAAAUUUGAUAUAAACAUAUGAAAUAUUUCUCA